AUGCACGUACAGCCCGUCCGCAGUGUGUCCUGGGACACCCCAGUCAGCUGCAUGGCUUCCCUAGGCCCCAACCCCUGGGCCCCUUUGUCGACCCCAGCCCCUACUGUGCAGCUGCUGCUGUUCCUGCUGCUCCUAGUGUCUGCUCAUCCCCAGGACCUGUCCGGGAUGCAGGGGGAGCCCUCCUUGGGAGAAAGUUCAUCUGGGGAGGAUGAUCUGGGCGUGGAGGAUCUGCCCAGUGAAGAGGAUGCACCUGGAGAGGCGGAUCCACCCGGUGGGGAGGAUCUGCCUGAAGUUAAUUCUAAAGCCAGAAAGGAGGACUCGCUCCAGUUAGGGGAUCUACCGACUCUAGAGGCUCCUGAGGACAGUCAACGUUCCCACGGGGAUGAAAAAGGCAAUGGCCACAGUCUUUGGAGCUAUGGAGGCACCCUACUCUGGCCCCAGGUGUCCCCAGCCUGUGCUGGCCGCUUUCAAUCCCCUGUAGACAUCCGCCUGGAGCUCACCUCAUUCUGCCGCACUCUGCAACCUCUGGAACUACUGGGUUAUGAGCUCCAGCCUCUCCCGGAACUGAGCCUGAGCAACAACGGCCACACGGUACAGCUGACUCUGCCGCCGGGCCUGAAGAUGGCUCUGGGACCAGGGCAGGAAUACCGGGCCCUGCAGCUGCAUCUACACUGGGGAACUUCAGAUCACCCAGGCUCAGAACACACAGUCAAUGGCCACCGUUUCCCUGCUGAGAUUCAUGUGGUUCACCUCAGUACUGCUUUCUCAGAACUUCAUGAAGCCUUGGGUCGCCCAGGAGGCCUGGCGGUUUUGGCUGCCUUUCUGCAGGAGAGCCCAGAAGAAAACAGUGCCUACGAACAGUUGCUGUCCCAUUUGGAAGAAAUCGCUGAGGAAGGCUCCAAGAUUGAGAUCCCAGGUUUGGAUGUAUCUGCACUGUUGCCCUUGGACCUCAGCCGCUACUACCGAUAUGAAGGGUCUCUGACCACACCUCCCUGCAGCCAGGGGGUCAUCUGGACUGUGUUCAAUGAGACAGUGAAGCUGAGCGCUAAGCAGCUCCAUACUCUCUCUGUUUCCUUGUGGGGACCUCAUGAUUCUCGGCUACAACUGAACUUCCGAACCACGCAACCCUUGAAUGGGCGAAUGAUUGAGACUUCCUUCCCUGCCACAGUGGACAGCAGCCCUGAGCCAGUCCACAUGAAUUCCUGCAUCACUGCUGGUGACAUCUUAGCCUUGGUGUUCGGCCUUCUCUUUGCUGCCACCAGCAUUGCCUUCCUCCUACACCUCCUACAGCUGAGGAGGCAGCACAGGCUCAGAAGUGGGACCAAAGAUAGAGUUAGCUACAGCCCGGCAGAAAUGACAGAAACUGGAGCCUGAUAAGGAGAAACCAGCUAAAGGAGUCUGGAAACCGUGUCCUGUCCUGCCCAUUAUACAACUUCUUUGUAACCACUAUGAAA